AUGGAAGAUGGACUCCUCACAACUCCAAACAAGCGCCUCAAAGAACAUAUCAUGGACGAACUUUCACCACUUGGUUUUAAGAUGUGUUUGAGGGAGUGUUCGGUCAGAACAAUUUGUAAAUCCCUAAAUUUUCGACAGAAUACAUUAACAUGUGAAUUGUCAUCCUCUGAUGUAGAGUCACAUCCAGGGGACCUCCUUCACGACUCAGAAUAUACAUAUGCUGAAAAAAUGAAGAAACCACAGAGAUACUUUAAAGAAUGUAACGAAUCUUGUUCAUCGGGUAGCAAAUGUGUGAUUACAGCUUCAGGUCCAGCUUGUAUGAUAACUGAUUGCCCUGGUGAACAUCCAGACAAUCAGAACACCACUGUGUUUGUGAAUUCAACAAGAGUCGGUACAGUUCUGAACUAUAAGUGUAUUAUGCCCCCUUAUUCUUCUCUUGUCUCUACAUGCUUACCUAAUGGGACGUGGACUUCUCAGUCACAUCAAUGUUCUACAGCACCAGGUAUUUCUUUUCUCAAGUUCGCCUGA